GGCGGGAGCGGCGGAGACGGGCGGGGAGGCGCCGGCGCCCGGGGGUCUCGCUGUCCAUUGACGCGACCCCGUCCCCAGCGGAGCGGCGAGAGGCGGGGCGGGGGAGAGAGCGGAGCGAGCGAGGAAGUGGGAGCGGCUCCCCGACCCCGGGCAGCACCAUGAGGUGAACCCCACUGGCCCCCAGCAGAUGAGGUUCAUCAAAAUGAGCCUUCGGGUCUAGUGAACAGAGUAUCUGCCAAGCACGAGCUGCUGUAAUGGUCUACGAUGAUGCCAAUAAGAAAUGGGUACCAGCUGGUGGAUCAACCGGUUUCAGCAGAGUUCAUAUAUAUCAUCACACAGGCAACAACACAUUCAGAGUAGUGGGCAGGAAGAUUCAGGACCAUCAGGUGGUAAUAAAUUGUGCCAUUCCGAAAGGGCUGAAGUACAAUCAGGCUACACAGACCUUCCACCAGUGGCGUGAUGCUAGGCAGGUCUAUGGCCUGAAUUUUGGCAGCAAAGAGGAUGCCAAUGUCUUCGCAAGUGCCAUGAUGCAUGCCUUAGAAGUAUUAAAUUCCCAGGAAGCUGGUCCUACACUGCCUCGACAGAAUUCACAGCUUCCCUCUCAAGUACAAAAUGGUCCAUCACAAGAAGAAUUGGAAAUUCAAAGAAGACAGUUGCAGGAGCAACAAAGGCAGAAAGAGCUGGAACGGGAAAGGCUGGAUCGUGAGCGAGUGGAACGGGACAGGCUGGAGAGAGAGAGGCUAGAAAGGGAAAGACUUGAAAGAGAGCGCCUAGAACAGGAGCAACUGGAGAGAGAACGGCAAGAAAGGGAACGGCAAGAGCGCCUAGAAAGAGAGAGGCAAGAGAAGGAGAGGCAGGAUCGAGAAAGACUUGAACGGGAAAGGCAAGAAAGAGAACGGCAAGAACAGUUGGAAAGGGAACAGUUGGAAUGGGAAAGAGAGAGAAGAAUUUCAAAUGCUGCUCCAUCUUUCGACAACUCCCCGUAUAGCACUCCACUUCCUGAAUACUCCAGUUGCCAGCCUCCUUCAGCACCUCCUCCAUCAUAUGCAAAAGCAGUGUCAGCACCAAUGUCAGAGGCCACACCGGAGUACGCUGUAGUGACUUCUGCACCACCGACUUCCACUCCCCCUACACCACCUCUAAGGCACUCUGCAUCACGUUUUGCUACAUCUUUAGGCUCAGCUUUCCACCCUGUUCUUCCCCAUUAUGCUACGGUUCCUCGUCCACUGAACAGAAGUUCUCGGCCUCCUUCUCCUGUCAAUUCCAUGGCAACUUUGCCUCCAAAUAUGAAACCUGUUGCCUGGUCCGCCCCCAGUUUUGCCCCUCUUCCCCCAUCUCCUCCAGUAAUGAUAAGCAGUCCACCAGGCAAAGCUACUGGUCCAAGACCUGUUCUCCCAGUGUCAGCUUCUAACACAGUGACCCAAAUGUCUACGUCUCCCACAGCUUCUAACGGGCUUCCUGAAAACCUGGCUUAUCCAGUUUCUUCACCUUCUACCUCAGGUCCAGCUCUGCCUCCACCGCCUCCCCCCCCUCCACUGCCUUCCUUUCUGCCUCUGUCACUCUCUGGACCUCAAGCUUCUCCUUCUCCCAACUCCCCGAAUGCCUCAACUCCCUCAUCCAAGCCUAGUGUUCUCCCUUCUCCCUCUGCAGCUACCCCUGCCUCUGUUGAGAACUCUCUAAACUCUGUGCUGGGAGACUCCUCUGCUUCUGAGCCAGUCUUGCAGGCAGCCUCUCAGCCGAUUGAACCUACGACCCAGCAGGGUGUUGUCCAAGGACCACCUGCACCUCCCCCCCCACCCCCAUUGCCCCCUGGCCCAGCUCAAUCUUCAGUAGCAGCCCCACCUCCUCCUGGCCCACCACCACCACCUCCACUUCCACCUUCAGGGCCACCGCAGCCACCACCACCUCCCCCACUUCCCAGCCAAGUUCUUCCUGUUCCCCUUCCACCUCCUGCUCCCCCACUCCCCACCUCUGGAUUUUCAGUGGGAUUCAUGUCUGAAGAAAAUCGCCCUUUAACUGGACUAGCAGCUGCACUUGCUGGAGCCAAACUUAGGAAAGUCUCACGGGGUGAAGACUCUUCUAGUUCAAGUGGAGGAGGAGGCACCAGUGUUUCAUCUAAAACAGACAGUGGCCGUGGAAAUGGACCACUUCCCUUGGGAGGCAGUGGGUUGAUGGAAGAAAUGAGUGCCCUGCUGGCCAGGAGAAGAAGAAUUGCUGAAAAGGGAUCAACAGAACUAGAACAGAAAGAAGAUAAAACUGAAGAAUCAGAGUCUUCAACUUCUAAGGUUUCUUCAACAAGCACACCUGAACUAACAAGAAAGCCUUGGGAAAGAACAAAUACAGUGAAUGGAAGCAAGUCACCUGUUAUCUCCAGACCAAAAUCUACAGCAACUGGGCAACCCAGUGCCAAUGGAGUACAGUCAGAAGUUCUAGACUAUGACAGAUUGAAGCAGGACAUUUUAGAUGAAAUGAGGAAGGAGUUAACGAAAUUAAAGGAAGAACUCAUUGAUGCUAUCAGGCAGGAACUCAGCAAGUCGAAUACUGCAUAGAGAGACUAGUACUAAGCUGAUGUGACUUUAACUUGAUAUAAAUCUGACUACGUUUUGUGAGCUGUUAGAAGAAAAUGGAGACAGACACUUGGAAGGAGGGAGGAAGAACCUAUUCUGAAAAGCUUCAGACACAUCACUCUGGUGAUAUGUUAUUUCCCUCCUAGUUUGCAGCUUUUUUUCUGACCUUUACAGCAGGAUGGAAAAGACUUAAAGUUACUGUAAUGAGUAUGCAGAAAUUCCUACACCUAUCAGACAAGAUCACAGUGCUUUGAAGUCUACUCAUGUCAAGAUAAAAUUGCACGCUUCAAAAUUUGUUGUUAAGACAAAAAACAAGGAAAAUCUUAGGAAGGCUUUUCAGAGAGGUUUUCUUUAUUAAUGAAGGAGUGAGCAAGUUAAUACUGUUGUACUUCAAAUGUAUCUCAGGUUUGUCUUCCUAUCAUAUCUGAUAUUUCCAUGAAUAAUUUAAAAGAUCAGGUGUAUAGAAGUUCAGUUCACAAAACAUGGAACAAUUAAAUGCAUGGUUUUAAAGGGCAAUAUUUAUAAGUGAAUGACCUAGACAUUGACAACCUAUCAAGAUUUUGGAAUUUUAUGAUAGGAAGCCUCUCUAGUUAGCCUUCAUGCAAUUUUAUAGGAAAAAUUAAAAAGCAAAUACAGUCCAGAGGCUGAAGAUGUAGAUGCCUUCCUACAUUGUUACUAUGCUUUACCAAAUCUAAGACUUCUACAUAAUGCGAAUCAACAGUCAAAUGUAAAUUAUUAGUAUGUUGUAGUUUUGCAGUAGAUUUGGGGUUUUUUUUUAGAUUUAUGCAUGUGGACAUUUUUGUAACGUAACACAACACAGCCAGCUUUUUAAUUAAAAGAAAAAUUGCAUGUCACAAAGUAGCCUUUUCAUUUGUAAGGCUUAAUUUAUGCCCAGAGAGAUGUGGGAUGAGAGGGAGGGGGAAGGUGACACAUUUUUAUUACUUUCUACUCUUUUUCUUCAUCUUACAUGCAUGUGUAAUAAUGAGGAAAAUGUAACUUUUAUCAGUAACCAUGUUAAUGGAACCAGGUACUUAAUCCUUUUGUAUCUUUUUUUCAGUUUUCUAUUUGAAAUUCAUUAAUACUUCCAUAAUGGUUCUGAAACUCCCAUGUGAACCUAACUCAUGUCUCAGUGAGAGAACAAAAAUGUAGGCAUCUGAAUUACUGAGGAUGCAUCUGUGUAUGUGCGUUGUUCUUUACCUUUUUGCUGUGAUCCAUUGCUUCACUCUUUUCUGAGACUACUUUUUUGAUUGUUUAAUGAAACAGGACAGCAGCUUGUUAUCUUAGAAUGAUGGAGCGUCAGACCACGGUAAAUGUCCCCUUCUAAUUAAUCUGCCAGUAUUCUUCCAAAAAAAACCCAGAGCUCCACAGAACCCAAACCCUGCAAAACAGCAAAUAGUAUGCCAUUGGUUUCAGUCAUUAAGCUGAGAAUCAGUUCAAAGAGAGAUGAUAUUUUUCUUUUUUCCAGAAUUUUCAGGUUUUAUGCUUGUACUUUUUUAUUUUUAUAAUUUUUAUGAAUGUGGUACAGUCCAAAGGAAUCGAAAUUCUGUGAAUUGGAUCUGCAGUGCUUUGGACAAAGAACACAGAGAAAAUUAUUCCCUUUUCCUUUGCACGGGCAAUUUUUCUGAGCUGUAACAGUGCCAUGUUUGCUUUGGGAUCUGUGCUGAUCCAGAAGAAACGUUUACUUACAACUUUUUGGAGAUUAAUGUUUCAGCUUAAAAAUAGAUGCAGCUCCAUUCCUAGGACAAAUGCUUUCAAUAACAUACUGUCUUGAGUGCUGAACACCAAAGCGAAACAGCAUUUACAGCUUUGGAAAGGCUUCAAGUGGGAAUUUUUUCUCCAAUUCAAGCAUUUCCUAUUUCUAUAGGUUCAUGUAAGUUCAUUCUAAGAGAAUAUUACAGUGGAAAUAUUGCCUAUCUCCAUUUAUUAAUAUUAUUUUAAUAAAUAUAAGAAAAACAGACACUUUUCUACAUGCAUUUAUUGAAGACAUUAAAAAAAAAUCCAUAGUAAGCUUAUCAAGUACUUUUUUUCUCAAAAGAAGAUGAGGCAGUUUCAUCUUCGUUAAUGCAACUUUCUGUUUUACAUGGACUUUUUGAGCAUUAAGGAAGUUUACCCUUGACAGAAAUCAUGUUUGAUAUGUUUCUAGGAGAGUUCAGGAGUAGCAUAGUGUAAUAGCAUGAAUGGGUGUAAGCGGUCCAAAAUCUAAGACUGAAGUACCAGAUUAUGCACUGAACGUUUUGUGCCUUGGUCUACAGUUAACAUGAUUUCUGUUUAAAAGAAAAAGAAACAGAUACUGGUUUUUGUGCUGCUUCUAUGUACUCGUUUUCUGUAACCCCAAACCGCGAAAUUUAUUCUUCCCAGAAAAUCAAAUUGAAGACUACUGUAGACAUUUCCUGUCCUACUGAUAGUUGCACCGUUUCCAGAGAUUUCAGUAUUGAAAAUGAACUGCAGAAGCUAAGAUUAUUUUGCUUACUGGUAACUAAGUUCUUUAAAAAAAAACAUAUUGUGGUGGUUCUGUGCUUUUGUACAAUGGAUGUCUUAAACUGAGGGUAGUUUAAGGGAUCUUUCCUAAUGCCAGGAAGGCAUUGCUUUCCUCAACACUGUGAUCUGACCUGCGAUAAAGCUGUACUAUUGAAAAGUGGCUACCAAGUCAACUGCAAAUCAACUGAAUGUAAAAAUCUUAGUGCUGGUGCUGAAAUCUCUUAGAUAGUCAUAAUGAUUUCUCAUUCAUUGUUUUAAAAAGUUAUUGAACAUAAAGUGUCAAUCAAAGACUGACAAUGAUCACUGAUGAAUGUUGACUUUUCAUGCACUUAGGUUUACUUUUUUUAGCUUCUCAGUUCAUUCUCUGCUAUUUUUAUCAUAUUGUGUCAUUUUCAGUUUCCUACAUGCUAACGUUUUGUUUGAGAGAAUGAAAUAAAAUUGCAAUAUAUACACAUUGCCACCAUUUAUUUCUGGAACUUCAUAUAAGACUUUGAGGUUUACUGCUCAGAUUCUCAACUUUUUAAUGCCAGAUCAUUCCUUACUCCUUGAUUUCACCCCUCGUUUCUGUUUUUCCACCAGAAGAUUCAGUACAGAAAAGUGAAGACUUACAAAGAAUGUAACUGCAGGGACUGUGUAAAGUUCUUGAAUGGUAACUGCUGUACAUAAAUUAAAAUUCUUUUUAAAUGUAUGAUUUGAUCUACAUUCUUACAUGGCGUACCCUUUGGUCUCUAUCCACAGAGAACUUGGAAGGGAAGGGGAGGAGGAAAGACCAGGGGCAAAAUAAUUAGUUAGUCUGAUUUUUUCACUUGUUGCUUUGUGUUCAUGAUUUAUUUUCAAUACUGGUAAUAAAGAAAAACAUACCAUGAAAGGUUAAUAUAGCUGUCUGUACACCAAAGAUAGUUUUGCUCAUUUUGUCUUAAGGCCAGAUAUUGAGUGUAGAUGCUUAAUGUCCUUGACUUGGCAUUCUGACAGCUGUACCUCUAUGCUGAUUCGAUUUGCUUCAGAGAGAGAGGAUAAUCCUUCUUUGGCAAACCACUGGUGCCAGAGCCAAGUUUGGCACCAAUCUUAAAGAGUUAUAAAGGAUUUUUAAAAAUAAAACUAUUAUCGCUAGUAUCAAAAGUGGUCAGCUAUUAUUGGGGCAGUGUUUAGGCAGCAACUAUAAAAAUUUACUGUUUAAAUUUCUGAAAAGUGUUCUGAAAAUUAUUCAAGUAGCCUCUGUUCCAGUGCUAAAUACACUUUAAACUUGCAAAAACAAGAGAAAGUAGGUGAGCAAGACUGGGCUGAUGGGAAGCAUGGAAGAGGUUUUCAGAAGUGGUUUUGUAGCCAAGAAUUAACAAUUCUUUUGGGAACUGUAAAGUUUCCUGAAUCUAUCACUAUCUAUCACAAGCUGGGAGGUGGGGUGUGAUACAGAGCAAGUCAAAAGGGAAGGAGUCAGUCAUUUCAAUCAAUCUGCGACCACCAUGAGACAAAAAAAAAUUGUUUGCUUUCAAGGGUGAUUUUCAAGUGUGGAAUUGCUGAGGAUUAUUUAUUGUUCAGUUGCAUCCAUCUAGGAGAGUCUUAAUAAAGAAAGAAAGUUUAUUAAA